CCCGCAGCCCGGUCAGCAACGUCCUCAACAAGACAUCACCAACGCCCACCGCUCUCAAAUCCUGCGCCCACCCCGCAAGUGAGACACUCGUUGGCCCGCAUGUCUUGUCGGAUCGCGUCACCGUAGUGCGACUUGGCCUUCCGAGCAAGCAAUAUGCCCGACGCCGUCAAGGCCGCGCAUUACAUCCAACAACUCGACGAUGCCCGCUGCGACGAUAACUGGGAUGCCGUGCCCGAGCUGGUCCGCAAGGUGCGGAAGCACGCCCCGGAGCGCGCUUGCCUCGCCCUAACCGCCGAGAUUGAGCACGCCAUCGCCAAAGCGAGCCUCAAACCGUCCCCCUCCAUACACACUGACCCGGGCAGCACCACCGCCAACAGCGCCCCUGCCGCCGCCGGACUCGACGCCGCCAAACAACUCCCCGCCCUCCUCUCCGCCGUCGACGCCGAAGCCAACCACCCGCAAGACCGCUUCCAAGCCCGCGUCUGCGCCGGCUGGCUGCUGUGGGUCCUGCGCGAGUACCCCGCCGCGCUCGCCCGCCUGCCGCGCAGCCUCUUCGACGAUGCCGAGGCCUCACAGCCACCACCACCACCAGCCGCACCACAGACCGCCGACGGCGGGACGCCCCCGCCGCCGCCGUCCGAAUGGACGCGCGUCUGCGCGCUCAAGGCCGCCUACCUGCGCGCGAACUGCCUGGCGCGCGACGGGCAGCGCGCGGGCGCGCUCGACGCCUUCGGCGCCGCGCUGCCCGGCCUGGGCGGCGUGUGGGCGGCGGGGCCGGCCGGCGCGCGGCAGCAGACACGCUACUGGGCCGAGCUGUUCCUGACCGAGUAUUGCAUGCUGGCGGCGCAGGCGCUGCGCGACGGCGCGAGGUCGCUGCGGGAGGCGGACUCGCUGGACUGUUUCCGCGCCUGGGCGCAGUACUGGGCUGCCGGCACGGGGAAGGGGGGCGGCGGGACCGUGCCCGGGGGGUACGGGUUCCGCGGUAGUGUCCCGCGUCGGCAGGUCUGGGCCGAGUAUUAUUAUGCCAUGUCGGAGAUUCUGCAGGGUGAUUUGCCGCUCCCGACGGGGUAUGCGGUCGCGGCGAGUGCGGGGAACGAGAGCAGCUCGGCGAGAAGCCUGUUGCGGGCCGAGUUGAAGAGGGUCGAGCUGAUCUACCAGGGGCUGUUGUUCAGCGAAACGAAGUUCCCCAGGGCCGACGAGGAGCGCGCCGAGGUGGAGGACUUUGUCCGGCGGAUGAUGCGGAAUUGGGCCAUUCUGAACGGCCGCGGGUGGAAGGAGCAGGAUCUCGGCGUCGGCGGGAGGGACGCGCUCUGCCGUGCCACGCUGGAGACCCUGUAUGGCGCGGCCGCCAAGACGUACCACUCGACCGCUGUUCUCAGGCACUUGUUUACCGUGCAUCUCGCCGUGGCCGAGUUCGACCUGGCUUUCAUGGCCUUCGACUCAUGGCUGGAGCUCGUCAAGAAGGGCAGAGCCAGAGUAGCAAAGACGGGCCGCCGCGAGCCCGCGCUGGACGACGAGGCUACUAUGUUUGAGACCAUUUCGGCGUGCAUCGCCGCUCUGUGCCGGUUCGGCAACAGGGAGGCGGCCGAGAAGGCGCACAAGCUGGCGGCGGAGCUCGAGGAAUUGGUCGAGCAAGAAGAGGCGCGCGACUCGGACAGCGCCGAUAACCUGCACGGUGUACCGCCCAACGUCAUGGCUCUGGCGUGGCAGUCGAUUGGACUGGCGCAGGCGCAGUGGGCGCGCAUGACGUACGACUCGGAGUCCCGGGCGUCUAUUCAGGAGAAGGCGAUCCAGUGUCUGCGGAGAUCCCUGUCGCCGGACUAUGGGCUCGCGCUCGACGCCAGGGGCGUGUUUGCCCUCGGCGUGUUGUAUGCUGAGCAGCGCAAGCUGUCCGCGUCGAUCGAGCUGGUCAAGACGGCCCUCCUCGCGGACGCGGCCGUCGAGGAGGGCCAAGAACUGCGUCUUGGCCCCUACUGGCGGGAGCGGUCGCUCAUACAGCUCUGGCAUCUCCUGGCGCUGAUGCUGAGCGCGCGCCAGGAGUUUCUCAUGGCCGCCCGCGCCUGCGAGGGUGCCAUUGAGCAGUUCAAGGACCCCCAUGUCCUGUUUGGGAGCAGAGGUUUGAAUAGCACAUACCGCAGCGAGCAUCUCAACGAGGCAGGGAUCAAGAGCGAGAAAGCUGGCGACGGCCUCGUGGACGAGAUGGACGAUUACGAGAAGGAGAGCAUCCUGCAGAUCAAGAUGACGCAGCUUGCCAUUCUCGAGCUGGUCGAGGGACCAGCGGUUGCAGUCAACGCUAGCACGGAGCUGCUCACGCUCUUCCUCAGGUUGUUCGGCGACCUAGAGCACAAAGUCGAGCUCGCCAAGGCUGAGCCGCCCAAGACGGCCGCGACGCUGCGCAGUAUUAGGGGGAGUUUGUUUGGCGGCAAGCCAGACAAGGCUGUUCGCCAGCAACAGAGCGUCGUAAACAACAACGAGAAGCUCGCAACCAUCCCCUCCCGACCGCAGACCACACAAACCACGCAUACUACCCAGAGCAUCGGCACUACCGCGCUGACCACCCAGACCUCCAACGAUGCUGCAGCGGACCCGCACUCCAGCCGCAGGUCGACCAGGUCGGACGACACGAAGCGUCGGAGCCGCAACAGUCUGCGCAAGCGGGACCGCAGCGGCAGCCGGCAGCGGGCUGUCAGCGUCAGCGGCCCGCCCGUGCCCCCGCUCGACGGGGACAAGAACUUUUCCGCGUUCGACGAGCGCAACCUGCCGCACUACUUCGCGCCCAAGCAAACGGUCGAGCCGCCCCAGACAUCGCAGCACGAGGACUCGCGCAGGUCGUCGUCGCGGUCCAGAGGCCUUGCGGCAGCGGCAAACCACCACGCCGAGGCGGCCGCGGUCGCGCAAGCAGUCGGAUCGUUCGUGCCGCUGCUGCCGUACGUGCAGUUCCCGCCGGAGCACAACCGACGCCGGAGGAUGGGCAUCCUCACCAAGGUGUGGCUGGUCGUCGCCGGCUUCUAUCGCCGGGCGGGGCUGCUGGACGACGCGCACAAGGCGAUCGUCGAGGCGCAGAAGGUCGCGCAGAGUCUGGAGGCGGACGUGGUGAAGAACGUGUCGGGCCCGUUGCCGGUGAGGCAGGUCGGGUGGGGCAUGGAGAAGAGCGCCGAGGAGGUUUUGGCGGAUGUCUGGGCCGAGAAAGGAAACCUCUCCGUGGCGCAGGAGAGGCCGUACCAGGCGCGCGCCGAGUUCGAGACGGCGCUGACGCACUUCCGGGACCAUCCCGGCGCCAUCGUCGGGCUGUCUAACAUUCUCUUGGAUAUCUACACGGAGAAGCUGCUGCCGCCGCCGGCCGUGCCGGGGCCGGAUCUCAGCGGCCUCUCUCUCGCCGACGACAGCAUCUUCAUUUCUAGCACUGACGCGCGCACCUCCGCCGCGACGCACCAGACCAAGGAGGACAGCAGCAAGCUCCCGCCCCUGCCCUCCGCCCCGCUCGGCCUGGGGCCGACAGGUGCCGCCAAAGCGGACCGGAAGCCCGCCGCCGGCACGGGCGAACCCAACGGCGACGCGCCGUCGCCGCCGUCGUCGGGGCUCCUGGGCCCGCCGCUGCCCCCGCCGCACCUGGCGACGUCGCUGCCGCUCAACGACCGGCUGGCGGCGCGCGACCGCGCGUACGGGCUGCUCGUGGGGCUGACCAAGCUCGGGCGCGGGUGGAACGACGGGGAGGCGUGGCUGGCGCUGGCGCGGGCGUACGAGGAGAGCGGACAGGCGGACAGGGCGCGCGACGCGCUGUGGUGGUGCGUCGAGCUCGAGGACGGGCGCGGCGUGCGCGGCUGGGACGCGGUGCUGGCCGCCGGCGGGUACGUCUUGUAG